CUACUAGCCGCCUCACUCGUCAUAAAUGAAAGUGAAAGUAAAUCUUUUUGAUGUUUCGCCAUUUAAAACAGACAUAAUUGAUCAUUUACCAGACAGAAUAUGUUUAAAACUGUAUUAGUGUCAUUUAUAAAAGUUUAGGCAGGAAUUGCUAAUCGAUGGAAAAGCUGUAGGAUUUCUGUGAAUCGAUCCAUCAUGGAUGACACACACGGAACCAGAAAUGAAGAUUGUUUUCCAGGAUGCAGCUCAGUUCAUCAGAAGAGAUCAGAACCAGAGCCCAGCUGUGUGUCUAUGAAGAGUGAUGUGUCUAUGGAUAAGCCAAUACAGUUUAAGAGUGGAGAUAGACGGACUGGCCUCCGCUCAGUUCAUCAUAGGAGAUCAGAACCAGAGCCCAGCUGUGUGUCUAUGAAGAGUGAUGUGUCUAUGGAUAAGCCAAUACAGUUUAAGAGUGGAGAUAGACGGACUGUCCUCCGCUCAGUUCAUCAUAGGAGAUCAGAACCAGAGCCCAGCUGUGUGUCUAUGAAGAGUGACAUGUCUAUGGAUCAGCCAAUACAGUUUAAGAGUGGAGAUAGACGGACUGUCCUCCGCUCAGUUCAUCAGAGGAGAUCAGAACCAGAGUUCAGCUGUGUGUCUAUGAAAAGUGACGUGUCUAUGGAUCAGCCAGUACAUUUGAAGAGUGGAGAUACACAGCCUGGUCUGAGUCAUAAAGCCGACUGCCUCAACACAUUUAGAUCAAACCUGAGGAAGAAGUUUCAGUGUCUGAAUGAAGGAACAGCAAAGCAGGGAAACGCAACACUCCUGAAUGAGAUUUACACAGAGCUCUACAUCACAGAGAGUGAAAGUGGAGAGAUCAGUAAUGAGCAUGAGGUGAGACAGAUUGAGACACAAUCCAGGAGAGCAGCAACAGAGGACACACCGAUCAAAUGCAAUGACAUCUUUAGACCUUUACCUGGACAAGACAAACCCAUCAGAACUGUGCUGACAAAGGGAGUUGCUGGCAUUGGAAAAACAGUCUCUGUGCAGAAGUUCAUUCUGGACUGGGCUGAAGGGAAAGAGAAUCAGGACGUCCAGCUCAUAUUUCCACUUUCUUUCAGAGAGCUCAACUUGAUGAAGGACAAAACACUCAGUCUUUCAGAUGUUCUUCAUGUCUUUUUCCCUGAAACCAAAGAAAUGGAAAUAUCCGGUGAUGAAUAUAAAGUGUUGUUCAUCUUUGAUGGUUUGGAUGAGUGUCGUCUGUCUCUGAACUUUAAGAGCAAAGUGAAACUGUGUAAUAUAUCUAAAUCAGCCUCAGUGGAUGAGCUGCUGAUGAACCUCAUUGUGGGGAAUCUGCUUCCCUCUGCUCUCAUCUGGAUCACCUCCAGACCAGCAGCAGCUGAUCUCGUCCCCUCUGAGUGUGUCCAUCGAGUGACAGAGGUACGAGGCUUCAAUGAGCCACAGAAGGAGGAAUACUUCAAGAAGAGAAUCAGUGAUCAGAGACUGGCCGACAGGAUCAUUUCACACCUGAAGUCAUCAAGGAGCCUCCACAUCAUGUGCCACAUCCCAGUGUUCUGCUGGAUCUCAGCCACAGUUUUAGAGAAGAUGUUGAGUGAAGCAGAGAAAGGAGAGAUUCCCAAGACUCUCACUCAAAUGUACACACACUUCCUGAUCAUUCAGACCAACAUCAAACAUGAGAAGGACUAUGAGAAGAAAGUGAAAGAUGAAGACAUGAUUCUCAAACUGGGGAAAUUGGCUUUCCAGCAGCUUGUGAAAGGCAACCUGAUCUUCUAUGAUGAAGACCUGAGAGAGUGUGGCAUUGAUGUGACAGAAGCAUCAGUGUACUCAGGAUUGUGCACUCAGAUCUUCAGAGAGGAGUUUGGCUUGUAUCAGGGGAAAGUCUUCUGCUUUGUUCAUCUGAGCAUUCAGGAACAUCUAGCAGCUCUUUAUGCACACAUUUACUGUACAAACAAGAACAUAAAUGUGUUUGAAAAAACCAAGCAAAGUCUCUUUUCUAAAAUUCCAAACCAGAAGAAAUAUCAUUCAUUAUCUGAGUUGCAUCAGAUAGCUCUAAAUAAGGCCUUUAAGAGUAAAAAUGGACAUCUGGACCUUUUCCUGCGUUUUGUUCUGGGUCUCUCAUUGGAGUUCAAUCAGACUCUCUUACAAGAACUAAUGACACAGACAGGAAGCUGCUCCUACAACAAAGAGGAAACAGUUCAGUUCAUCAAACAGAAGAUCAGGGAGAAUCCCUCUCCAGAGCGAUCCAUCAAUCUGUUCCACUGUCUGAAUGAACUGGGUGAUGAUUCACUGAUGCAGGAGAUCCAACUUUAUCUGAAAUCUGGAAAAAUAGGAGAAACCAAACUCUCCUCUUCACAGUGGUCAGCUCUGGUUUAUGUGUUGCUGACAUCAGAGCAGACGAUGGAAGUUUUCAAUCUAAAACUGUUUAUUGGAGAACAAAAUACAGCAGAUGAAGUUCUUCAGAAGCUGAUGCCUGUGGUUAAAGAAUCCAGAUCAGUUCAACUACAGUUCUGUAACCUCACCGCUCAUUCCUGUGAGAGUUUGUCUUCAGCUCUACAAUCCACAAACAUGUUCCUGGGAGAGCUCGACCUGAGUAACAAUGACCUGCAGGAUUCAGGAGUGAAGCUUCUUUCUAAUGGACUGAAGAGUCCAAAAUGUCAUCUGCAGAUACUGAGGCUGUCUGGCUGUAUGGUGACAGAGGAAGGUUGUGGUUAUGUGUCUUCAGCUCUGAGUUCAAACCCCUCACACCUGAAGGAGCUGGAUCUGAGCUACAAUCACCCAGGAGAUUCAGGUGUCAAGCUUCUCUCUGACAAACUCAACCAUCCAAACUACAGACUGGACAAACUCAACACCAUUCUUUUGGCUUAUGAGACGCUGAUUAUCUAUAUCUGCACUAGGUGGCACCAGCAGGGUAUAAUCAACACCAACCGCAACUGAAGUCAAUGGUGGCUUAACUUUGGUUUCUAAGGGCUCAUCAUUGAAUGGGUGUUCUGUGAAAGAUUCUCUUGAGUGCUGUUGUACAUACUCACAGGUACGCUGAGCAACAUGGACUGGCUGCAUGUCAGGAACUGGUUUUACAUGAAGUUUGCCACUUUCAAGCUCUUCCUCUUCUUCCUCAUAUGCUGCUGCUUCAGCUGAAGUGACUGCUGCUGCAUGUUCAACUUGUAAGAUGUGCUUUUUGUUUCAACAUACUUGCUUCAAUUUCCGCUUUUUGUUUUAUCAUAUUUGCUUCUUUUUCUGCAUAGGCGAUUUGAGGGCAUGCUGCAACUGCUUUUGCUCUGGCUCUCAUGGCUGCUGAACUUGUGCUGGACCUUUUUGAUGAUGACCUGGAAGAUUGAGAUUGUAUUUCCAUCUGCUGAAGAGGCUCUGUGAAUGUCUUUAUAUGCGCCCCUUCCUCAGUUGGUUGAUAGCUUGCUCCUUGUUGUUGCUCCAUUGUGAAUUGCACUUUAUCUUCAGGGGGAGGAACUGUCUUGGAAGACCGGAGUAUCAUGAGCUGUUCAUGCAGUGAUCUUGUUAAGCUUAUUCCGCUGUGAUGUUGACUUUUUACUAUUCCGCCCUUAUAGCACGUGACUGUGCUCCAUUAGACAGAUAGUGAACAUUUAGAAUAAAGUCCCAAGGCGUACUUUUCUUGGUUAUUAUUCUUUACUGUAAAACUGCAAAUACAAAAAAUAAAAUUUGUAAAUAAACAUUUCAGGCAGUUUGUAGCAUCGCUUGCUACAAUCAAACAUCCAUAAUAACUUGAUUAAAUUCGUAAAUUACUUUUUAGUCAAAUGUUUUCCAAGAAUAAACUGUUAAAAGAUCGCACAUAUGAGCUGUGCUGCGUCAUCUUUGUCUCUCUCUCGUUUCUGAACGUUCUAGAACAUGCGCACUUCUGCAAGAUCAGAUCGCGAUUUCAAAAUAAAAGUCCCGAUUCACAAUAUAUAUAAAUAAAAUAGUAAAAUAAUACACACAAAAUACAAUUUUGAUUUCUAAGAGCAACACACAUAUUACUCAGACUCAUUGGAGGGUGAAAACAAUGCAAUAGGAGCAUGUUGGAGGCUUGAUCUGAACUGUAAAGUCUCUGAUUUUGUGUGCAAAAAGAAUUAUUGUGCUACCUAUUUGGUUUCAGUUCAUAUUGUCUCUUAAACAGACACGCAAACGGAAGCACUGACUCUCCCGUAUGUCUUAAAGGUUUAAGUCACAGAUGUCCCCAGAAUGUGUCUGUGAAGUUUCAGCUCUAAAUACCCCACAGAUAAUUUAUUAUGCAUGUUGUAAAUACUCAUUUUGAUUGCAAGCAAAAACAUGCUGUUUUCAUGCAUGUUUCUUUAAUGUAAAUGAGCUGCUGCUCCUCGCCCCCCUAUCCAGAAUAAUGCCUAUCUUGGAUACUCUGCCAAAUACUAACAACAUCUGCUUGGUUUUGAUUACCAUCUAUAUCGCAAUUACUGUCCAAAAUUCCCUCCUCAUGCUUGUGCAAGUCAAACUUGUUUUAUCUGGUGCAUGCGCAUGUAACGGAGGCCAACUUUGUGAGUAAACCUCACUCCUCUGGUCUCAAGAGAUGCUCUAGCGACUGACACUAGAGGUUGCAGCCUUUAGACUCCUUGUUAGAGCGUCCAACUCCCACGCUGAAGACCCAGUUUCGAGGCCCGUGCAGAGCGGGGUGAGUAGGACCUGGGUGGAGGGGUUACACACAGAAAGUUUUGUUUCAGCAGAGUUAUGUUAUAGGCCUAUGAGUUUUCUGACUUUGUUUUUUCCUUUAAAAGUCUGCUUUUCCCUGUGUGGUAUUGCUGUGCGUUAAUAACUCUGCAAGUAACAAUAUUUAUUAUAAUUGUAGAUGUAUUUCAGAGUGUUUCAUAGCAUAAUUCAGUUGAUUUUACUUCAGAAGUAUUAUUGUGUCAAUAUUAGGGGUGCAACGGUUCAAAUUGCUCACGGUUCGGUUCGUUCGGUUUUAGGGUCACGGUUUCGGUACGGUUCG